AUGUCUGUGUGGCCGCCCGCGCCCUGGCUCGCCCUCAACAACGUGUACGUGGGGGAGAUGCUGCACCACCGGCUGCUGCUGGAGCACCGCAAGGAGGGCCCCCCCUCCUCCCCCGCCGACCACCACCCCCACCACCACCCGCACCAAUGCGGGAACCCCUGCAGCAUCUGCUCGCUCAACCUAUCCGGGCAGUUCUCCUGGCGUCGGACGAGCUCCUCCAGGGUUGGUGGUGGUCCGGGUAUCCGCACCAGGGGUGGAAAUAACCCCGGCGGAGGCUUCACGGAGAACAUCCUCAGCCGAUACCAGCCUCGAGACGUUUACAACGCAGACGAGCUGGGGAUGUUUUAUAACCUCUUGCCAGACCGUACUCUUGCGGUGAAAGGGGACGUAUGCAAGGGUGCGAAGAGGAGCAAGGAGCGCCUCACAGUCCUCCUUUGCUGCAACAUGAACGGCAGCGACAAAAUGAAGCCCCUAGUAAUAGGAAAGUCAAAAAAACCGAGAGGUUUCAAGGGGAACAUUCUUCAUUGCGACUACGACUUCAACAAAAAAGCGUGGAUGAAUGCAGCAGUUUUCACGAAGUGGCUUCGCAGCUUUGAUGCGAAAAUGGGUGUGAUGAAUAGGAAAGUUGUCCUGUUCGUCGACAAUUGCCCUGCGCAUCCUCCGCUCGAUAACCUCAGAAAUAUUGAGCUGGUGUUCUUGCCUAAGAACACCACCAGCGUGCUUCAGCCUCUGGACCAGGGAAUAAUCCAGCAGGUGAAGCUGAAGUACCGGGAAAUGCUUGUGCGGAGCAUGGUGUUGCAGCAUAACAUCGGGAAAGAGAUUAAGAAGUGGGACGUGUAUAGGGCAACGGAAGCUAUUGUUACCAGCUGGAGGGCAUUGAAACCAGAAGUAAUCGCCAACUGUUUCCGACACGCCAACUUCGUCACACCAGUCGACGAUGUGCCUCUCGCUGCCACCAACCCUGAAAACCCUGACGACCCUGACGACCCACCCACAGUGGACGCCAAGCCCCAGCCGGGCCCCUCGACGAAGCCGCAGCAUCAGAUUUUCACUCUGCCAUGCGACGACGAAUCGUGGCAGCAAUUGGCCCCAGACUGCACGUUUGCAGAGUUCGUGACAGCGGAUGACAACGUUGCAGUUUGGGGUACACAAGAUGAUGAUUCCAAUGAUGUCAAGGGGCAGGAGCCGAGCGAUGAAGAUGAAGAGGAGGAGGAGGAGGAGGAGGGGGAGGGAGAAGCAGAAGAACCAGAAGUUGUGCCGACGACGAGAGACGUCCUCAAAGCUGGGGAUGUCUAUGAAUAUCUUCUGAGGCGGCAUGGUGCAAGUGAUGCUGUGGGGUCCUGCUUAACGCAGUUGAAAGAGUUUGCGGAAAAUGCCAUCUUGAAAAAAAAGCAGGCAACGAUAAAGGACUUUUUUAAAAAGUAA